AUGCAUAUAAAACAAGUAAUUAUCCAGGGUUUCAAAAGUUACAGAGAUCAAACAAUAGUAGACCCUUUUGAUAAAAGACAUAAUGUAGUUGUAGGACGUAAUGGUUCUGGGAAAAGUAACUUUUUCUAUGCUAUUCAGUUCGUUCUCAGUGAUGAAUAUUCUCAUCUACGACCCGAUCAAAGACAGGCACUUUUACAUGAAGGUACAGGUCCUAGAGUUGUAUCAGCUUAUGUGGAGAUUAUUUUUGAUAACUCAGAUUCUCGUGUUCCAAUCGAACAUGAAGAAAUAUACCUGCGACGUGUUAUUGGUGCUAAGAAAGACCAGUAUUUUCUUAAUAAGAAGGUUGUACCAAGGAGUGAAGUUAUGAAUUUGUUGGAAUCAGCUGGAUUUUCUAAUUCCAAUCCCUAUUAUAUAGUAAAGCAGGGAAAAAUCAACCAAAUGGCAACUGCUCCAGAUGCACACCGCUUGAAACUUCUCCGAGAAGUUGCUGGAACAAGAGUGUAUGAUGAGAGAAGAGAUGAAUCUAUGACAAUUCUAAGGGAGACUGAAGUAAAAUUACAGAAAAUUCAAGAGUUUUUACGUACCAUCGAAGAACGUUUGAGUACUUUAGAGGAGGAAAAGGAGGAAUUGAAGCAAUACCAAAAUUAUGACAAGAUUCGUAGAGCUUUGGAAUAUAUUAUACAUGAGUUGGAGUUGAAUGAGAAUAAGAAGAAGCUAUCAGAUUUAGAAAAACAAAGGAAUGAAUCUGGCACGGAGCAGGAAAAGUUGGCAAAUAACUUAAAGAAAGCUCAAGAUAUUAUUAAGAAUCUUGUAAAAAAGAUCAAAGAAUUAAAGAAAGAGUUGACAACUAAGAAAGAAGAACGCGACAUUCUAAACAACGACUAUCAGCACUUGAUUAAGGAAAAAGCUAAGCUUGACUUAAUCAUCAAGGAUUUGUCUGAAGAAGUAUUGGGAGACAAUAAAUCCAAAGAACGAGCCGAAAACGAGUUGGCUAGGCUGAAUCAGUCGAUUAAGGAAAAGGAGGCAGAGUUGGAGAAGGUGAAACCGCAAUAUGAGCACAUGAAAAAGAAAGAAGAAGAGUGUUCGCGGGAAUUGUCGCUCAAAGAACAGAAGAGAAAAGAACUGUAUGCUAAACAGGGAAGAGGAAGUCAGUUCACUUCGAGAGAUGACAGAGAUCGAUGGAUUCAGAAUGAAUUGAAGUCAUUGAAUAAACAGUUAAAGGACAAAAAAGAUCACCGCGACAAAUUAGAAGUAGAUUUGAAGCGGGACGCUACUAAAACUGUUGAAUUGACGAAGAAAAUUGAAGAGCAAUCACAGGAGUUGGAGAGACAAAAGAAUUUUAUUGAUGAACACAAUAAACAGUGCUACGAAUUGAAGAAAAACAAAGACCAGUAUCAAGCUACAAGGAAUGAACACUGGCGUAAAGAAAACAACGUCCAACAAAAUUUGUCGUCUUUAAAAGAAGAACUAGCCAAGGCGGAUCAAAAAUUGCGCUCCAUGGUGGGAAAACCUAUUUUAAACGGUCGCGAUAGUGUACGCAAAGUCUUGGAGACUUUUAUAGCUAGAGGUGGACGUGAAGCUGACGUCGCUAAGCAUUAUCACGGACCUGUUAUCGAAAAUUUCGAUUGCGAGAAGAGUAUCUACACUGCCGUCGAAGUAACGGCUGGUAACAGGUUGUUCCAUCACGUGGUCGAUACUGAUAUGAUCGGUACUCAGAUAUUGAAGGAGAUGAACCGACAAAAAUUACCAGGGGAAGUUAAUUUUAUGCCUUUGAAUCGAUUGAACGUGAGAGACCAGGAUUAUCCGAAUGAUUCGGAUGCAAUUCCCAUGGUGUCGAAACUUCAUUAUGACCACAAAUACGACAAAGCUAUGCGUUACCUAUUUGGAAAGACUUUAAUCUGCCGUAACAUGGAAGUGGCGACUAAAUUGGCGCGAACAACAGGAUUAGAUUGUGUCACAUUGGAUGGAGAUCAAGUGUCAUCUAGAGGUUCAUUGACCGGUGGAUAUUUUAACGUCUUAAACAGUAGAUUAGAGAUGCAGAAAACGCGGAGCGAGACUAUGGAGCAGAUUAAACAAUGCGAACAAGACUUAAAAAGUCUUCGUUUGGAAUUAGGAAAAACCGAAACGGCUAUCAACGGUAUCGUAUCCGAAAUGCAGAAGACUGAAACUAAAAAUAGCAAAGCUAAGGGAAUCUACGAUAAAGUCAAAGGGGAGCUGCGUCUCAUGCGGGAAGAAUUAUCGAACAUAGAGCGAUUUCGAGGUCCUAAAGAACGCUCGCUUGCACAGUGUAAAUCGAGUUUGGAAGCCAUGCAAACCACCAAAGAAGGUCUCGAGUCUGAAUUGCACCAAGAACUGUUGGCACAACUAUCGGUCCAUGAUCAAGCGCAAGUUGAUUCGUUGAACGACGACAUUCAACGUUUACAAAAAGAAAACAAGGAAGCGUUCAGUACAAGAAUGAAAUUAGAGGCUGAGAAGAAUAAAUUAGAGAAUCUAUUGACUAAUAAUUUAAUCAGACGUCGAGAUGAAGUAUUGCACGCCCUUCAAGAAAUAUCUUUAGAAGAUAGGAAACGCCAGCUUGUCAACAGUAAAGGGGAACUGGAGGAAAUCGACAAGAAAGUCGACAAGAUUAAUAAGGAUUUGACUGCAGUGGAAAAUAAGAUUAAAGAUCUAACCAAAAAGCUAAAAACGGAGCAGAGCGAGUUGGAUAGUUGGAAGAAGAAGGAAAAAGACGCUCAAGACAGAAUCGACGAAGACGCGAAGCAUUUGGAAAAGUUUGCAUCGAAGCAAAAUCUUUUGGAGCAAAAAAUUGCCGAAUCGGUGGAGAAAAUCAAUCAACUAGGAGCGUUACCGGCUCAAGAUUUGUAUUCGCAUUUCAUUAAAAUGUCGUCAAGAUCGUUAUUUAAAGAACUAGAAAAGGCAAAUACCAAACUCAAACAGUUCAGUCACGUUAACAAGAAAGCUUUAGAUCAAUUUAUGAGCUUCUCAGACCAAAAGGAGAAGCUUCAAAAGAGGAAAGAAGAACUGGAUAGAGGGGACGAAAAAAUUAAAGAACUCAUUUCCAUGUUAGAACAACGCAAAAUGGAAGCUAUCCAGUUCACCUUCAAGCAGAUCUCGAAGUACUUUACCGAAGUGUUCAAAAAACUAGUACCUGCAGGACGCGCCAAGCUCGUUCUUAAAACUAACGACCACGAAGAAGGUCACGAAAUCGGUCCAGACGAUAACAACGCCGACAAUUUUAUCGGAAUCGGUAUAAAAAUAUCCUUCACGGACGCCGACGUCGAGAUGAAAGAAAUGAAUCAAUUGUCCGGUGGGCAGAAGUCUUUGGUAGCUUUGGCGUUAAUCUUUGCUAUACAGAAGUGUGAUCCAGCUCCGUUUUACCUGUUCGACGAAAUUGAUCAAGCUUUAGAUCCUUCCUACAGGAGAUCAGUCGCAAACAUGAUCCACGAGUUGGCGGGUGAAGCCCAAUUCAUCACCACCACCUUCAGGCCCGAAUUACUCGAACACGCCAACAAGUUUUACGGAGUCAAGUUCAGGAACAAAGUCAGUCACGUCGAGUGCGUUAGCAGGGAAGUGGCGAGGGACUUCGUCGAGGACGACCAAACACACAGUUAA